AUGCGAAGUGGAAUCAACGGUGGAAGCUGGAGCGAGACUGGGGCUUUGAGCGAGGAUGGAGGACGGACUGGUGCUGGCAACGAUGCGGCUGCCUACGUGGCGUCUAGACACGCCAGUGCGAGUGACAACGUCCCAAGGCGUGCUUCUCAAUUCCUCGCUGGUGGAAGGCACCAGCAGAAGGUCACAGAAUGUGGAGACGAGUCGGCGGGAGCCAAGAACGCCGCGAGACUUGAGGCUCACGUGAAACAGCGGGACCGGCUGGCUUCUGCUACAGCGGCGGCCACGUUCUGGUCGUCGCAUAGAGGCAACGCCCAGUGUCAGUACACGCGGGUUUGUGAAGAAGAUACGAGUUCCGUCCCGCCUUUUCCUCGUUCGUGGGCAACUGCAGCUUCAACCUCUGACGCGUGCGGGAUUCCGGCGACAGGGGAACCAGAGCCUUCAGCACACCAAACGGCCCCCAGCAGUGCCCCCGAGGGCAGGGGACUCAACGCAUGCACCGGUUUCCUUGAGGAAACUGAGCAGCGCUGUUGUGCGUGCGCCGUUCCAGAAGCGGCAUCGUCGCCCGGAGGCGCCUUCCCGACAGGAGCUGGCGUCCGAGAAGCGAGUCGCCUACGGCAGCUACUGGCAACCUGUGGUCUGCGGCCUGGGCAGACGGAGAAUGGCAAGCCGCGGGGCAUCACUGUUGAUGAUGUCCGCCUGCGUGAAAGCGAGCGUCACGUGAACAACUGCAGAGACUCUGAGUCGGAGUCGAGUUGGGAGGAUGUGGCGGAAGAAGCUUGGAAAGCGGCGCGACCGACUUUCCCCGUGGGAGGAAAGGACACUGCGCUACCGAAACGAGCUUCCAGAGAUGCAGCUGGGCCUGAAGCGACACGAAGUGCGGGGGACCAAAGUUGUCGGACCGCUUCCGAGAUCCGGAAUCAGGGCGGUCUGUCGGCAGCGAGGAUGUGUAGAGCGACGUCGCAAGUUACACCUGUCGAUGUGGAGGAACAGCUGGUGCCAGUGACGCGGAAUGGUGUCGGUGCACUUCUUUGGCGGCGCCCACCUUCGACGGUGACCACCCCUACGGCAGGUCGCUUCAUACCCAGAUUGACAGCUGCCGCGUUCGCCGACCCCGGCAGGGACGUCUCUGCCUUCAGCGAGAGCUCUCUGGAGCAGUUCGAGAGCGUCGUCUCCGAUAUCUUCCUUACCACCCGCGCGCUCGUCUUGCCUCACUCCAGCGCCCCCAGGUCUGCUGCGGCAUCCUCGGCGUCACGCCUAGCUCUCCCGGGGCCUCUUCGGCUGCAAUCAGAACUAACCAGCGACCCUAGCAUCACUGCAGAGAAGCAUGGCGCCGUCUGGCCUCUCACGAGCUGCCACGCGCCGGCGGCCAAGGGCGGACUAGGCGAAGACGACCGAGCGCGCCCGCCGAUACCAGCCAGCGGCAUGCUGGCUCUCGAGCAAGAGCUCCUAUUCCUUUCUGCAUCCGCGUCGGGAAAGCAGCGGCUCAAUUCCAGGCGGGUGCGGCGCUUGAAUCGGCCGCGAGCGGCUCGUGGACGGUCUGACGAGACCCGUUCAGCGACCGGUCGGUGGCGAGGUGAGUCCUGGAACUGCACGCCGCUGGAGCCUGGGGAGGGCGGUGAGGGCUUUUCCCAGGGCGCAAUCGGCGUGGAGAACAGCCACGGCGCGACUGGAAAGACGCCGUCCCCCGGCGGUUUGCUCGAGAUGCGGCCGUGCGCGACGUUGAACAACCGGCGCAAAACUUCAGAAGACAGCGCAACAGGGUACACAGAGAUCACCUGCUCAUAUACCUGGCGGAAUGCCAAACCUAAUCUUCAGGUCAGCGGCACUGGCACGGACUCUUCGUCUCUCGGCAGCCUGGAUAGUGACUCGUCCAGCAGUAGAGGAACGUCGGACAGCGCGGGCAGCGACAUACGUGAAGAGGCCCAGCGGCGGGAGUCGUUGCCCCCUGUGUGGCCUGGUCGCCUGGAGGGGACGAAAGAAAGGGGCGAUGAGUGCCCAGUUGAAGGAAGGCAUGCCGACGAUGAGCUCGAAGAGGAGAGAGGCCGAUCUUCCAUGUCACGGUGCCGUGUGCGCGGCAAGACGCGGGAGGUGGAACGACACCGAACAGAUGGUAGUCACAGCACCGGAGUGGAAGCGUCGAGAAUCCGUGACGCAGCCGGGGGUCAGGUGUCGUCGAUGCCUAGCAUUAUGAGGGGAGCGCUCCUGACUUCCUCACCUCGCAGAGGGUACAGGCCGCCGGUGGGCUGGCCAGCUGGCAAGUGCGGGGAUCCCUCAUUUGUGGGGCACUCUGGCAGAUCUGCAGUUUGUCGACAACGCCGAAGCUCUGAUGGAGACGCGAUGGCGCUAGGGCGGCUCAGGAAACAGUGUUUGAAAACAAAAACCAGGGAGAGAGCGAGAUCGGCAUCUGACGGGAAGGUUGCGUCUCGCUCAGCGAUCAAUAAGGGCGAAAGAGAGAACUGGGAGACCGUCUCUGGGCCUGAGGCACUGGGGCAACUCAAGGAGCCCGAGAACCUCGACAACCCUCUUCAGUCAGACGGCGUGAAAGAAAUGCGCAUGCACCUCUCGCAGGAACUGAAUCCGCAACGGACAGUGUGUGGCGAGGAAAGUGCGCCAAUCAACCCGGUGCGGCUGGUGGACCCAGAGGAGGCCCCGGCGCACUUGUCUGGACACUGGCCACCCGGGCGCAUGCAAGGCAGGAGCAGCGGUGGUGUCUCGUCUCGGGAUUCUCGUCAUACGCCGAAUCUGAAACGGUCGCCGGUGCCGUGUGGCCAGCAGAAUCGCGGAGAAGGGAAGAGAACUUAUGGGCAAGAGCAUGCAGAUCUUUCAACAGUGCAAAAACCAACUUCCGGGCAGAUGUGGUUCUACAGUGACCACUUUUUUUAUGAUUUUUUCUGA